UAUGGCAACUACCGAUGUUCCUGCCGCUACAAGCUCAGUCAUGUCUGUCGAAACAAAUGGAACGAUGAAAUCUAUUUUGGGGUCAGAGAUGAGCGCCAAUGGCAGCGAAGAACAUGAAGAGGUUCUGUCCUCUCUCAUGGCCAAGCUGAAAACCACCAGCGAGCAGAUCAAGGUGUGGUCAGAGACCAGUCGCAAGCUAAGAGCAGCCAUGGCAAAACUAUCCGAACCAGAUGCGGUGGAUCCAAACAGGUUGCAGAAAUGUCUGGAUAAGUUAAAAAUGGCCAUCAAAGUCUCAUCUUUACCAGCUAUGACGGAGAGGUUAGAGACUAUGGCAAGACAAGUUGGGUUGAAGUUCAACUCUAACAUGGGUGGCACUGAUGUCUUCAUCAGCUCAGACACCUUCUAUGUGGAGGUCUUGCUCACCAUGAACGGAGGAGUAAAAGACGUCAUGGUGGCCCACCACAGGGAACCAGUGUCCUGCCCAGAGAUGUGCGAGGUUCUGAAGAAGAAUGACUUUAAGGAAUUUGCUGAACAUCUCAAGGGCCUGCUGCAGCUGUACCAGGCAGGAGGAGAUAGUGCCCAAAAAAUCAAAGCAUUCAAUUGUUUGCAAGCAUUGGAGACAGAUCUUAGUAUGCUGUUCAAGAUGUACAGGUCAGUGACGCAGCCAAUGCUACACAUAUCAAGGGGACCUGUAGGACUGCUCACUCCAAGAGUUGGCGGUUAUCCCACCAGAUUGACCUUCUUUGUUUCACCUUAUGACCUCUUGGAUUUGGAGAAGAAGCAGUCUACAGUGUUGAAUAUGAAAGAUCCCCUGCCCAAGGAUUUAGGCUUGUCGGUCAGUGUCGGAUUGGAGAGUUCACCCACGCGCAAGCUGCAGACGGUUCCACUGAUAACUGUGCCUACCACACCAGAAGGGACCAUGGGGAGCCCCCAAGCCACGCCCAUGAACCAGCACAACAGCAUUGCCCUACCAGCUGCCUUCGUGCUGAAACUCAACAAGGCCAUGGCCCUGUCCAUCCACAUUAUCAAGCAGCUGCAGAGUUUGCACGGGGUUGGCAUGCAGCACGUGGACGUCUCCUCAGCGGCACCGCUCAACAGCCUGAUAGCACGGUACAUCUUGGACCCCACAUUGGGACAGACCAUGGGUAGAGACUCCAAGCACACGGGAAAUACCUACUACGUGAAAUUGCCUGAUCAGGAGCACUGCUACUUCAUCAACGAGUGCACCGCUGGUAACGACAUGCGUGGCGUGCUGGUGUCCAAGCUCAGCUUCACCAACCAGAUGCACGUCGUGAAGAUGCUGUCGCUUCUGCGGCAGCAGGCCGUCUACAAUGCGCUCAUCGCCAGCUGCGUCCGAGCAGAGGAAGAUGGAGAUCCCUCCUCGGCAAUGCUGUUUGAGGUAACGCCUUUCACCCACCAGAAACUGACUGUGACCUUUGAGCACCCAGCCACUGAUGGCAUGGGAUGUGUUGAGAUGGAUCUGACUGAGUCAGCUAAUGUCAAGUGCAAGCUUCAUACGCCCAGCGGUGAGGAACCAAUCUGCAGUGAUGAUUAUGCGACUAGGGUACUGCAGAGGUGCUUGUCAAUUCCUGUAACCAUGCGUGCCAUCAUGAAGAAGGCUGCAUCUAUGAUCCAAACCCAAGUCCAGAAACCCAUUCCAGCGGCGACUGUCCUGAAUGAGCCACCCAGCAGCUCAGGUCAUGUCCCUGGGAGUCUGGUUCACCAGCUGAAGUCCACCCUGAAAGGGCAGAGCCUGGCAGCCUCCAUGAAAGGUGGGGCCAGCCAGCAGCAGCGCAGCAUCCUGAGCGACAUGAGGAGCUCCAUGGAGUCCAUCCUGGUGCAGCCUGCCUCCACCCUGGAUCUGGCUUCUCUGCCUGCAGACAACUCCAAGGUGGAGCAGAACCCGAUGCUGGCCAGCUUGCUGCAGCACGCUAACCCCACAAGCAGCACCCUGAGCUCCCCAAAGGACAGUUCGAGUCAGAUGCUGGCGACAGAUGCUGCAGCAGCUGCCCAGACUGCAGCUGUCAAGUCCAAAAGGAAUCCCAUGUUGAUGACUCUUUUGCAGGAGCAGACCAAGCAACCAGCCCAAAUCAUGAACACGCCUCUCUCCUCACUCACCCCCACCCCACCAGCAUCUCUUCCACAACCACCCCUCCCACAGCCCCCUCUUCAACAACCAAGCCUGCCAUCACCCGUUCCAGGGAAGCCAACUAAAAAGCGCCGUCGCAUCAAACCAGCUCUCUCAACCGAGAAAUCCCCAAGAAGAGCUUUCAGUGAGGAUGACAGCUCCAGAGAGUCCUCGUUUGAUUUUGAAGGAGGUCAUGGAGUGCCGGAACGUUCACCCUCUCUCCACACUCCAAAGAUCCCCAGUGACUCCCAGGUGUUUUCCCAUUUUCCAAUGCCAGCAGAGUCAACCAAGCCAUACCAGCCUUCUGGUACCAUGGAGCCCCCCAGAACAACAUCUCAAAUGGGAGAGCUCUCUGCUCUUCUGGCCGAUAUUGUGGAUACGUCGGGCAAAUCGGGUCGUAAACAAAAGCGGUCAGACAGCACCAGUUCCCAGUCAAGUGCUGGAGGAAGACCAUCAAUGUCCCCAAAGACGCCUACCUCCUUGUCCAUGACUUCACCCUACGGAGGUGGUCCAAAGCCUGGAAUGCAGACCCUCCACACACCAGAACAUGUCAUGCAAGCCGUGACAGAUGCACCCCCACCGCAGAUGGGUAAAAUGAUGGCCCGACAGGAUUCUCAGCAGGCCGCAAGAAGCACGGCUGACACAGAUGUGUUCAGUGCUCACGGCACAGAGCUUUUCUCCCCCGAGGAGUUCCUGGCAAUACCUUCUGGGGAAGGGGAUGCUCCUGAAGGUAGCAAUCAGCAGUAUAACAUCAGUGAGUCACUGGAUUUCAACACGGACAUUUUAAAGAGUGGGGAUUCCAGUUUUGCCGAUGAUCUGAUCGAGUCCACAGCAGAUAUUGAUAUGGAGGCAUGUGAUGCAACAGCAUUUGGGCUCUCCAGUGUCAACUUAGCAAUCGCACGCAUGGGGGUUCAGACCACCAAGUCCCCAUCAGCAAGUGAGACAGGUCCUGACGGUAAAAUGAAGUCUGAGUUUAAGCUGUCUACAGCGGCACUCAGUGCUUCAGCUGCCUCUGCUGGGUCAACGCCCCCUUCCUCUGGGCAGUCGGCUUUCCAGAGCAUCAGCCCAGGUGUUGGAAAUAAACUGUUGCGGACCGAGUCAGUUGACGUGGUGGGCACAAGCAUGGCAUUGGAUUUAAGCAUGCCAAGUUUAUCAAAGAGCCUAGGUAGCGGGGAGUCAAUGUCAAUGCACACUGCCUUGAGAGAGAGAUCACUGAGCAUGCCUGACCAACAAUACAAAACAGCCCCAGUGACACAAACCACUGGUAACACUCAUUCCACAGCACCUACCCGUAAGGUCAUCCGUGUGCCACCCAUGGUCUCCAAAGGAAAACCCAAGAACUUUGUAUCUGAAUCUGCUGGUACACCACCACUGGAGAACCCCAGCAAACGAGGGCCAAAGAAACGUUCACGGCGAACAGGGAAGAGAAUGGAAGGCUUGCUGGGUGGGGACUCACCGCCUCCCAAGCCCAAGGAGAAGAAAAAGGCCAUAAAGCGUCGCCGGGUGGACAUAUACAGCGACUCCUCUCCAGGAGAUGAUGACAGUGAGGACUUGAGUGUCACCAUGAGCUCUGAAGCACCAUUGAAGAUGACAUUCAAGAUGGUCCGUGUCAAGUCAGAGCCUAAACCCAAAACCAAGACCUCAAGUACUCCCAAGAUCCGAGUGAAACCCUUGAACCCAGUGACAAGCACUGAGCUCACUCAGAAACCAGUUACAGAGACCCUUACAAGUCAUGCUGCAGAAGUGAAACCUCAACUAAAAUCCGAGGCUUCGGUGUUGUCUGUGAAAAAUGAAUCUGCCAGUGUCACCAAAGUGGAGGAGACCCAGAAGAAAGAUUCUGCGCCAGCUCCAAAAAGUGAUGCUCAAGUUCAUCCCAAAUCUGAUACUGACAAGUUGGAUUCAGCAGCUGCUAAAAGGCAGGCUUUCAGCAAGUCCUCAACCACUGCUAUCACAAUGCAAUCGAAGAUAAAAAGUGACCUGAGCAAGAGCUCAUCUCAAAGUCUUACCUCUAAGAGCAUCUCUUCGCCCAAAAUGUCAGGAAAUCUGACCAAACCAACUGCUCCAUCCCCAAAGAUAGCCGUCUCUCCCAAGGUAUCUUCUUCCCCAUUGAAAAUGGGAAUGAAGUCUGAGUCUCAAACCUCAGGGACUGUUUUUAAAUCUAAGGUUUCACCAGAAGGCAUAAGGAGCUCCAUCCCAUCCUCAGUCAAAAAGAUUGCAAAGGGGAUAGAUUCACAUGCUAGAAUGCUAAAGAAAUCCAUGAAUGCAGGACAGCGACCAGAAGGGCGAAAAGGGGAGACAAAGAAGUCACCCAUCCUGAAAAGCUCCAAACUUAUUCAGGGAUCACCUAAGGGGAUACUGAAGGCAACAAGCACCGCUGGAGCUGCUCCUGGCAGUCCAUGCACUUCAUCCUCUGUUCCAAAUAGACCCUCACGACCCUCACCUAUUUCUAUCCCACCAGUGUCAAAAUCAUCACCUGCCAUUGGUGAUGCCCCCCAGAGCACAUCAGUCUCUGCCGGAGAAACACCAACGACCCCAACUCCAACAACACCAACAAGUGCUGGGCCAAAGACACCAAAGGUCUUACCCAAAGGAAGGAAGAACUCCCUGUCAGCCAUUGUUGGAAAGCUUCAGGAGCGAGCAGGCAUUGCGUCUGGUUUGUCAAGUCCACCUCGACCUGCCCAGGACACUGACCAUUCGGGCCAUUCCCCAGUGAGAGACAAGGCACCAAAAGAAAAGAUGGGUGCUGGGAAACCUCUAGAUUGUGAGAGUGUUAAGGCCACAGCCUCAAAGCCUGUAAAAUCUGAGCAUUCUGAAACAAAGGGCAGGGAAUCUCCCCCUAGCAUCAGCAAAACACCCAAAUCAAAACCACUGCCCUCCGCGUUGAAACCAUCGGGACCAGCCUCUACAAAGCUUGGAAUUUCCACCGCUGUUACCACACCAGCUUCAACUUCUUCCUCCACAAAACCUGCUGGUUCUUCCACCCCUUCAAAGGUGUCUCCUUCUCCCACUAAGAUGCCCUCCAUGCCGACAUCCAGUCAAAGCCUUCAAAGAUCAUCAACUUCUCCUAAUAGACCUGCCCCCUCUCAUAAAACAUCACAAGUGUCCCGUCCUCCAAAAGUUUCCACCCCUCCUAUCCCCCUCAAGGGACCAGCCCAACCUGCUAGGACUCCUUCACCAUCUGUCCACACCACACCCAAAACAUCAGGAUCUCUCCUCUCGGCAGCAAAGGCUGCAACACCCAAACCUGUGUCUCCUUUGAAAUUAAGUACUUCAUCAUCUAUGCCCAUGUCAACAUCAGCUUCAAGCCCUAUCAAAACCCCUCCAAGACAAGUUCUCUCACCAAUGUCACGAAAACCCAUCAUCUUAAGUCGUUCAUCCACAUACUCUUCUCCUGAAAAGGGCAACUCUAAAGUCACAAUUGUAACUGUUGUGUCACCAAGAUUAGCUGCCAAUGCUCGACAGGCUGAGGCUCAGAAGGGUAGCUCAGCUCAGGAUGUUAAGACUGACAAACCUGCCGAGGGACAGACGACUCAAACAGAGCCCAAGACACCAAUGGCUACCAAGCCUCCAGCCACCAGUCAGUCUUCUAUCAGAGAUGGAAAGGUCGACCUAACACCCAUACCAACCACUCCAACAACUCUCGAGACUGACAUCCUCCAGAAAUUGCAAAGUUCAGCACAACCCAAAAAACCAGUCACCCCUCAACUGAAGCCAAUUCCAAAAUCAGAGGAGAGCAGCAAACCCUUGAGUACGUCUGUGAAGCCAGUAACAGGCAGCAAACCAGCUGUGCAGGGUGACACAAAACGAGUUGAAAUAGUCCCCAAAUCAUCCAAAAGCAUCAGCACCACCUCAGCGCCGACUACUCAACAAACCUUCAAACCAGAAUCAACCAAAUCAACUCAGGAAUCAAAGGGCCUGUCUGAAAAACAAAAACCGGACUUGAAGUUAGCAGUGAAGGUAGCGAGUGUGAAAUCAGAUGGUGGCAUAAAGGAGACAACUCAAGCAGCGAGUACCCCAACAGAAGGGGGAUCAAAGACAAUACCCUCCUCACAGCUUUCCUUGCAACCGGACAGGCCCAAGAAGCCAGCAGGAGAAACCAAGUCUGACAGUAAACCACAGGAUGCCAAAUUUUCAGCACCUGUUUCAUCCUCGUCUGCCAAAAUGGAGACCAAGAAGCCAUUGAAAGAUCAAUCAAGCCUGAAACUUCAUUCCGUUCCAAAACGUCAGACGAGCCCAAAGCAUCAACCAACCCUUAAAGCGCAACCGAAACCAAAACAGUCACCCAGCCCCAGUCGCCUGCCAAGUCCAAAACAUCAGCCAAGUCCAAAACAUCAGCCCAGCCCCAAGCAUCAGCCCAGUCCAAAGCACAUCCCAAGUCCAAAGCACCAACCCAGCCCAAAGCGUCCACCCAGUCCCAAGCACCAGCCUAGCCCCAAGCAGCAGCUCAGUCCCAAGCGCCAGCCAAGUCCCAGUCAGCAGCUGAGUCCAAAAGCCCCCGCCCCUGCCCCAGAAACUGUCAAACCGCCCACACCAGGGCCGCCUCCACCAGCCCCAGAAGUUGAAUUCAAAGUACCCAGUCCAGCCCUGGCCCCAAGCCCGAAGCCAUCAUGCAUAUCGGGAUUGCCGAGUCCCAAAGUUUUUGGCAGUAAUAAGCCCAGCAGUCCACCCCGAGCCACCAGUCCAUACUCGCCAGGUGUGCCCAGUCCGCGGGGAGGUGGGAGUCGCAUGAUCCCAAGUCCAGGUGGAGUGCCAAGCACCCAAGGGCUCAAGCGGGCUGCCACUCCAGAGGAAACAAGUCAUGUCGCCAAGCGUCUGCACACAAUGAGCCCGGCGUACAGCCACAGCGGAAGCGAGGAUGAGCUAAUCAUUGAUGACCCCAAUGCCCCGCAGUCCAGCCAACCCAAAGGGGAGCCAUCCAUACCAGAGGAGCACAAGGGAAGCCUCCCUCAGCAGGAAGCCACUGUGACCUCCCCUUGCACUGUGCCAAUCUCCCCCUCUGCCAAGCCCUCCAUUGCCAAGUCCCCCGUCGGGGUCAGUAUCGGAAGUGGGUCCGAACACUCCCAGCAAAGUCCUUGCUUAAUUGAUGAUGAUCUGAUGGACGAAGCAUUAUUGUCAUCAAUUGGUAAAGAGGAAUCUUGAAUCCCAUCCUUAACAGUUAGACAUUGGAAUAGUGGUCUUUGUUUCCUAUCAGUAUGAAGCCUGUUUUAGAACAAUACUUUGGGCUUCCCCGAAAAGAAUUGAAAUGGUAAAUCUGGGCUGUAAGGGAACUACAUGUAAUAUUUGUCAUUCUGGAUAGCUAUGGUGAAAAAAUGCAUGGACAAAUCCAAAACUAGUAGAUACGUGUAUGUAAUAACAAGCAUGACUUACAUGUACAUGUACUAGUAUUUGUUCGUGUGCUUUGCUUCAUUUUCUGAACUUGGAUUUCUGCAUUGUUGGGAUGGUUUAUUGGAAGAAACACAGACAUUUUCUGUAAUCCAAUUUUUAAAAUCAGAGGUUUAAAUUUCUUGAAAAACACUGACGUGGUUGUGAAUGUUAUUCAGGUCUUGUGCAUGUUAUAAACACUACAAAUAGGUUUUUAACUACCGUAGGUUGGUGUAGUUGUGGGUUUGAAAAACUCACUUGCUGCUGGGAAACCAUGAAAAUUUUAAGACUGUGUGAUUGCCUACCCUAUAGGUGUACAGUAUUGUAAAGUACACAAAUUAUUACCGAGAAACUCAUUAAUAAAAUAAUUUUGGGUGAUUAGUAUUAAUAUUUUGAAAGUAUAUCAAGUCAUUUUGUCAUCUGUAGCAGCCACAGUGGUAAUUUAUGUAUUUCGGUUUUUUUUUUAUUUGUAAAUUUACAUAUACCUUGCAAAUGUAUUGCAUAUCUGCUUUGUUGGACAUGCUAUGCCUUUGAGAAUAAAGGCAAGCUGGAUAAAUUCAAGAGUAAUGGACUGAAUACUUCCAUUAUUGAUGAUGAAAGUACAGGGAAAAUUGAAAGGGAUUAUGAAUUAACUGAAAAUGACAAACCAUGGUUCAGCAAACAGAAUUUCCAUGUACAUACAUGAAUGUGGAAUAUAGAGCCAGUAUAGUUGAGAGUAUCACAACAUCAGUUAUGAACAACUGGGUCAACACUGGCUAAGGAAUGCUUUUGUUGCAGUUCAUUUGAAUAGCUUGUGAUUUGAGUUCAGACUGGAGGUCUUGUUAUGGUCUUGACUUCUACGCUGGUCAAGGCAGUGACAUUGGCACUAAUAUGUUGGCCAUGCAAUUGUGUACAUGUAUGUGCACAACAGCAUCCAUAGGAAGACUCGGUCUUUAAGAGUGAAAGAAUGGGCCUUGUGAAUCAGUGUAAGCACGAUGAUUUAUGGGUGAUUUUUAACAACCAAAAUGGUUUGGAUGUUCAAUUCUGUUCAUCCUUGCACUUCAGCUGGCCUCCUUGAUAAAGUAGCCGCAGUCAUCAUCUUUUGGAAGAUAUUUGUCCAGCAGGGCAGAGGUUAAAAAGAUCCAACAAAUCUUUUGGCCAGUCAUCCCGCCAAUUAUCUUUCUUAAAAGUUCUGAAAAAUCUUUGAUGCUGGUGCAUCUCCCAGCGCUUCUACUUGAUCAAUACCACCUACAUGUAUAUUCAGCCAUGUAGUUGGAGUUGUUGAGAAGUUAUUUUUGCACAGUACAAGAAUAAUUGUGUACGUGUACUUGGAUAUUGAUUGCAGUUGCUUUGUCGUUGGUUCAGCUUCCUGCUUACAAAUUUAUAUCCUGUAAGUUUUUAUCUGCAAUAGAAACUUUCAGUGCUCUUCACCACGUAAGGAUUUUAUCGAAAUCACAAACUUGUUUGUUACAUGCUUACAGGUUUUAUGUACCCUUGAAAUUUGAAAUAUGUUCUCUUGAAAUGCCUCUUAUGGGAACAGUUUUCUGACAAGCAUUGCAUGGGUUAUUGGUUGCCCCCGUGCUGUGUUUCCUGUGUAAAACUCACAAUAAGAGUUGUUGUCAAUGGAAUGUUGUAGCUUUUGAAAUGGUUGUAGUAAAUCAUUGACCCACAGAUGUGAUGACUUUGUUGACUGUAAGGAAUGCAUUUUAAAGGGGAAAUGCAUCCUGAUUAUCAAGAAAUGCAUUUGAAAAGCUUAACUUUUGUGAGCAUGCGACUAUGGUGCUUGCUUGUGCUUUCAUUUAUUUUUGCUUAUCAAUAAAGUGAAUGUGCUAACUAGA